UCUGUCCUCAGGGACCACGUGCUUCACUUGGUUUUCCUCCCAGAGCGGGUCUGGUCCAUGGAGACCUGCGGGCCGUUCCUCCUCGUUCGCUCCUUUGUCUUUUAUCAGAUUUAUUGACUUCAGAUGGUUUUAAAGCUUCUUUCUUGCUCCGCGCUGCGGGACGUUCGCGUCCCGGUCGCAGCCAUCUUGGAUUUCUGCGCUCUCUGAUUGGCCCAGCAGGUCUCACGUGAUGUAAACCGCAGCACGAUACCUACGCGAGUAUGUCGGCUUCCCUCCUGAUGGACGAGACGGUGAAGCCUCUGAGGAUACCUGUUGCCAUGGCAACGUAUGGAGACACGCACCAGCUGUCCCACCUGAUGCAGGACCUGCUGUCCGUCCUCCUGCUGCACCGUCCUGAAGAACCGCUGUCCUUCCUCAUCCGGACGCUGAGGAACAGCUCUGAGAGCAUCCCCAGGGUGCUGCUGCUUGGACCCCCUGCUGUGGGGAAGACCACCGUGGCUCAGCGUCUGAAGACAGAGCUGAAGACCGUCCACCUAACAGCCACGUCUCUCCUGGAGGACCAAUCACUGCACAGCGCUGAGGACCAGCAGGAUCUUCCAGACCAGCUUCUGGUCUCUCUGCUCCAGAAGAGGCUGAACCAGGAGGACUGCUGGACCCAGGGCUGGGUCUUGGAGGGAUUCCCUUGGACUCGUCUGCAGGCUUUGAGUCUUCAACAGGCCGGAAUCCUCCCCCAGCAUGUUGUGCUGCUGGAGGCCCCGGACGUCGUGCUGCAGCAGAGGGGGGACGGUCGGCUGUUGGACUCUCUGACCGGAGACGUCUACCAUCGGACCUUCGCUUGGCCCGCCGAUGACGUGGUAGCUCAGCGAUUGGAAAAGGGGCGGGGCCUGUCUGGGGAUCAGGUGCGGCAGCACCGCCGUGAGGUCACUGGCCUAAGCUCCGCCUACCAGCAGGUGCUGCUAGUCGUCAAUGGAGACCAGCCUCCUGCAGACGUUUCCCAACAAGUCCUGUCCUUUGUUCAGACCCGCCGCUGCUCCAGAACUCCCAGAAUCCUCCUGUUCGGCCCUCCAGGGUCUGGAAAGAGUCAUCAGGCCAAACUGCUGUCUGAGAAAUACAGGCUGGUGGAUGUGUGCUGUGCUCAGGUGUUGAGGGCUGCAGCAGCUGAAGGCUCCAGACCGGGUCAGCUGAUCCAGACCUACCUGGACCAGGACCAGGACCGAGCAGUUCCAGACUCGGUGGUUCUUCAGGUUCUGGAGGACCGUCUGAGCAGAGAGGACUGCAGCGUCCGAGGAUGGAUCCUCCACGGCUUCCCCCGAGACCUGCAGCAGGCCCGCAUGCUGCAGCAGCGCCCCCUACAGCCCAACAGAGUUUUCUUCUUGGAGGCGACAGACGAAGUUUGUUUGGAGAGAAUCAGUCUGAGAGCGACUGACGCCGUCAGUGGUCACAG